UAACGAAUAACGCGUGUUCGAACACGAACAGGUUGCCAUCGUCGACUUUCGUCUGCGAGCUGCCGAUCUCUGAUAGAAACUGCAAGGGCGCUGAUUUGGAAACGGGAAUCGCUCCAGUUCCUCCGAACGGGUUUUCUACUCAAAAUUAUUGCAGAUUUCGGCUGCAGUCUUUGAGGAUUUAUCGGCUCCCUUAGCAAUGGGUUCUAGCGGUUGGAUUGAUGAGAAGUCUGAGAGUAGACUGUAUGUUGGGAACCUUGACCUAAGAAUAACAGAGGCUUCCCUGAUUAAGAUGUUUUCACCAUAUGGAAAAAUUUUAUCUGAGGACUUCUUAUGGCAUACUCGUGGCCCAAAACGUGGAGAGCCUCGGGGCUUUGCAUUUAUUCAGUAUAGCACUAAAGAGGAAGCUAAAUUGGCCAAGGAGAAGAUGCAUGGAAGAUUAGCAUGUGGUCGUCCUUUGGUUGUUCGUCUUGCUAGUGAGAAAUGUUUGGAGGAAGCAGCGAAAGACUCUUCUGAAGCAACACGCAAGGUCAACAAAGCAGGCGUUGCUAGUGGAACCUCAGCAGUGACAAGUCGGAGCACUAAAAUAGCAGCCAUAAAGAACAAGCUGAAAGCCCUGGAGGAAGACACCAGCAGUGUGAAGAAGCAGAAACAAGGUGAAAGCAUCUCUUGUAACAAUAGUCUUGACCAGUCUUCUGGCACAAGAAGAUAAACUGAAUUAGACACUAUAGGUUUUGGAAAGCAUUUCAACUGUCAAGCAUAACACAUGCGACUGGGUAUUUCUGAUUUGUGAAUCAAUGCAUGAAGGUUUAAGUCUUUAGUCAUUGUCGUUUAUGUGGAUUGAUGUUAAAGAACUUGUGCUUGGUGUUGAUUAGCUUUUCUUUUUUUUAAUUCAAUUGAGAUGUUAACAUCA